UAGGUGUUUCCGGGAAGGCGGAACUACGGCGGCCGCUCGGGGCCGCACCUGUCCUAAGCUGCCGGGCUGGUGCAGUUGGGUCGUUGGAGAGGGAGACUCUUUGCCGCCGCAGUUGCGGCCGGCCUCCGGGGUGGGGGAAGAUGGUGGAGGACGGAGUGGAGGAGCUGGAAGAUCUUGUGCAUUUUUCUGUGUCGGAGCUGCCAAGCCGGGGAUACGGGGUGAUGGAGGAAAUCCGGCGCCAGGGGAAGCUGUGCGAUGUGACCCUGAAGGUUGGAGAUCACAAAUUCAGUGCCCACAGGAUUGUCUUAGCUGCGUCAAUCCCUUACUUUCAUGCUAUGUUUACCAAUGACAUGAUGGAAUGUAAGCAGGAUGAGAUUGUAAUGCAAGGAAUGGACCCAAGUGCCCUGGAGGCUCUGAUUAACUUUGCCUACAAUGGCCACCUUGCCAUUGAUCAGCAGAAUGUCCAGUCCUUGCUCAUGGGGGCCAGCUUCCUACAGCUGCAGAAUAUCAAAGAUGCUUGCUGCACGUUCCUCAGAGAAAGGCUUCACCCCAAGAACUGUCUGGGUGUCCGUCAAUUUGCUGAGACCAUGAUGUGUGCUGUGCUGUACGACUCGGCCAACAGUUUCAUCCACCAGCAUUUUGUGGAGGUGUCUAUGUCAGAAGAGUUCCUGGCAUUACCCUUUGAUGAUGUCCUUGAGUUGGUGUCUCGGGAUGAGCUCAAUGUGAAAUCAGAGGAGCAGGUAUUUGAAGCUGCAUUGGCCUGGAUUAGGUAUGAUCAGGAGCAGCGAGAGCCCUGUCUUCCUGAGCUUCUAUCCAAAAUCCGCCUGCCUCUUUGCCGGCCUCAAUUCCUGUCUGAUCGGGUACAACAAGAUGACCUCGUACGCUGUUGUCACAAGUGCAGGGACUUGGUGGAUGAAGCAAAAGACUAUCACCUCAUGCCAGAGCGCCGGCCACACCUGCUGGCCUUCAAAACUCGGCCUCGCUGCUGUACUUCCAUUGCGGGGCUCAUCUAUGCAGUGGGAGGGCUUAACUCAGCAGGUGAUUCGCUGAAUGUGGUCGAAGUGUUUGAUCCCAUCGCCAAUCGAUGGGAGAAGUGUCAACCCAUGACUACAGCCCGUAGCCGUGUGGGAGUGGCCGUGGUCAACGGACUCCUGUACGCCAUUGGAGGAUACGAUGGCCAGUUGCGGCUGAGUACUGUGGAGGUAUACAACCCUGAGACGGACACCUGGACCAAAGUGGGCAGCAUGAACAGCAAGCGAAGUGCUAUGGGAACAGUUGUGUUGGAUGGACAAAUCUAUGUCUGUGGCGGAUAUGACGGCAAUUCCUCCCUCAACUCUGUGGAGACGUACUCCCCUGAAACAGACAAGUGGACGAUAGUGACCCCAAUGAGCUCAAAUCGAAGUGCAGCGGGUGUCACCGUAUUCGAAGGCCGAAUAUAUGUGUCUGGAGGACAUGAUGGUUUGCAGAUAUUCAAUAGUGUGGAAUAUUACAACCAUCACACAGCCACCUGGCACCCAGUAGCAAGCAUGCUCAACAAACGUUGCCGUCAUGGAGCCGCAUCCUUGGGCAGCAAGAUGUUUGUCUGCGGGGGCUACGAUGGUUCUGGCUUCCUCAGCAUUGCUGAGGUCUACAGUUCUGUGGCAGACCAGUGGUACCUGAUUGUCCCCAUGAACACUCGCCGGAGCCGGGUCUCCCUCGUAGCAAACUGUGGGCGCUUGUAUGCUGUGGGAGGCUAUGACGGACAGUCCAACCUGAGCUCAGUAGAGAUGUACGACCCAGAAACAAACCGCUGGACGUUCAUGGCCCCCAUGGUGUGUCAUGAAGGAGGGGUUGGUGUAGGCUGCAUUCCCCUCCUCACCAUUUAAAGCCGAAGUGGGACAUGUGGGGUGGGGUUCAAACCAUGGGUUUAUCCUUCAAGUGACAAUCCUGGGAAGAAGCAGCGCAUCACCUAGGGGUGUAAUGUGAAAUCAUGGGAGGUACAGUUUUCCAGGUGCUUAAGUCAUCACCACAUGGCCCUCUGGCCAGACAGGCCAUGAUCACUGAAACGCACAACAUGAAGCUGUCAUCACUGGGCCCUCUGUGGCUUGCCAUCUCAUGGUGCAGCACCCUCUUCAGUAGCUGAUGCCCAUGAAGUGCUCCAUUCAAACCCAGCCCCCACACUCCAACUUGCCCAAGUGGGCCCCUAGUCCUUCCUAGUUUGGCUUCAUGUCCAGAGCAUUUAUAUAUGUCUGGCCAUUUUCCAGCCACAGUGUGUGGGAUUUUCCAUGGAGCAGCUGCAGUGGCCCUGUGUAAUGUGUGUGGGUCUGUGGUUGAGAGAAGGUGUACACUCUGUGUGUUCAGGGCAAAUGACCCUAGUCUCAGUGCAGUAUAUUUAAUGGCAGCAGCUUGUCUGUUGCAAAAAAUCAUGUUCCUUCUAUGAUAGAAUAGAGCACAUAGGAUUAUAUCCUUGCAUAGAUGCAUGAGGGGAAGCUGAUAGGUUUUUCUCAUGUUUUAGUUUGGGGUUUGAAUGUGGUUUUUCAUCUUGAUCUGGACAAAACAAAACGAACACUUGGAAGUGAGACUGAAGAAUUGAACUUUUUUCUCUCAUUUUGGAAAGAAAAUUGAUUUUAAAAAGUGAACCACUUAUUUGGGUUUGCAGAAAGAAAAAAAAUGGAUAAAAGACACAAGCAGCAAACCUUCGUACACAAUGGAGAACUGCCAAACAUUCAAAGAGAUGCACUUAUGCAGAUAUGAAAAAUGACAAAUUUUCUGAGACUUGGUAUGCGCAUGGAAUCCAAGCUGGGCUGUGGCCUGUACCAUACCAAGCAUCGGUGUGUGAUCUAACCCAGUAUCAAAGGCUGACAUUUGAAGUUGAGAGAAUUAAAUUUGUCCUUGGGCUAGAUGUGUAGCCCGUGGGGAGCAUUGUGCCACAAGUGCACGGAAGUUUUUAAGGAAGUUUUUAAUCAGAGGUGCAGCAGGUCUGGAACCUUCUGCUCCCUGCUCAGCCAUCGAUCACUUUUCUUGGUGCUCCCAAGAAGUCAGCCAGGGUUCCUAGGUCCUUUCAUUGCUCCAUAUUCUCUAAGGAUAGACUCACAGCUCUUGUUUUUAUCCAGCUUCUUCAGUUUUCCUUUUAUUCCCACUUUUACCUUCUCAUUGUUAUGAAAACAGCAGGGCUGUAUCCAACCUUCACUUUUCAGGUCUUAGUUCCCGCAUUUGUCCUUUUUGUGAUGUGUACAUCGAUGACUCUGUGGUAGCUCUAACACUCCAAAGCUUGGAUGCUUCCUACCAACUACUGGCUGACUGAAUUCAGUGGCCUCAGCUUGCCAGUGGGUCUGCUGUGCUUCCAACUGGUCUUUAAUUCCAAGGCUUGUCUUUUUUUUUUUUUUGAUGUCCUUGGCAGACCAGUAAUGCAGACCAUUUGCAUUUAUGCACUUAUGUGUCAUGCAGAGCAGAAAUGUUAAAAAAAAAAACACCCUUCUUUUACCUCUAAGUUCCAUAUUUCUGUGUGUUUCCAUAGCUCUGCCAGUGGCCUCACCAUAAGAGUUUAGCAUCCCAUCCCCUCCUAGUUGGGACCUUUGACAUAAUAAAGUGAGUUUAUGAACAAGAGAGCAGCGUGCAGACUGCUGACACUGUUUCUUACUAUAGCAGGGAAGUAGAACCCCCUGAUUAUUUCUGGGGCUUUCUGGGGAGUCAAAGGCUUUCUCUGUCCCACUGUCUUUUGUAACAGAGCCAGAACAAGUUGGGAAAAUAAAAUGAAACUUGUAAGUGUA